CAGAAAUAGAAGACUUCCCAGAAGAUCAUAUCUUCGACAAUUCAACCUCAGUCAUCUACCUGAAUCAUGAAGGAAAGAAGCGCAUUUUGAUUAUCAAAGAAAUAAACAAAUACUGCGACGGAACGCUGAAGAUCAUCAGAAAUAGAAUGAAAUCAAAGAGAGAAGGACUUGUCAAGAAAUCAACUGAAGCCACAAAGAAAGAAAUCAAAGAACUGGAAAGAGUUGAUGAAGUUCUGAAGGCCAUCAAUAAGCAAAUCGAUGAUAGAAGAUCACUCAGAAAUUACGAGCAUGCUCUCAAUCUUAGAAAGCAUUAUUUUAAAGCUCAGAAGUGAAGAAAAGAAGAAGCAAGAACAUCUGAUCACAAAGGGGGAGAUUGUUAGAGAUAUUUUCAUUAUAAUUGUGAUCAAUGUUACUUAGCUCUUUAUAUUUAGCAUCUUAAUUAAAUAGAUUAGCUAGAAUAAUGAAUAGGCCUUUUAAGGCAAUUUGUAAUAAAAGGUUUUAUACCUUUUUAGGUAUGGGCCUCCUAGAAAAAGGAGCCCAAAUGAUUGUAAAACCUACCUUUCCCGUCAGGCUAUAUAUAUGCCUUAAGGGAAAGGCUAGGUUAAGCUUUUCAGAUAUUCUCAUACCCUAGUGCCGCAGAGCCUAUAUCGGUGAUAGAAGUUUUACGCUAAGUUUUGUUCAUCAUUCUGUAAACUUCUUCAUCAUUCAAUGGAAAGCUUCAUUCCCAG